AUGGUGGACGUGCUCACAGACAGGGGCUUCCACGUCUGCUACAUCCGCGAGGAGCUGCCCGUGCCCUGCCGCUUCGACGUCGCCACGGGCGCCAUCACCUGCGCGCGGGAGCCGGUGCACCGGUUCCGCAUAUCAUUCGAGACGAAGGGCGUCAGAGAUGACGUCGCGGCCAUCGAGAAGGCGAUGGAGCUGGCGGCCCGCAUGGCGGAGUCUGACGUGGCGGUGCAGAAGGACGUCAGGAUUAGUCACAGCGCCCUGCCGGACGGCAUACUGGGGGUGCCCGCCCUUGGGGCCGCGGGCGGCGACGGCGGCGGCGGCGGCGGCGGUGUGGAGGAGGGCGAGCGGGCAGAGGGGCGCAGCGGCGCGGCGGGGAGCGUGGGGUGGGCGGCGUGA